CCAUCAUCUCAUCAAUUUCACUGGGUUAACACCUUGUUGUCCUCAAAGCAUCCACCGUGUUGCCAACAGGGAGUGCAGACUACACAUGUCCUCAGCAAUAAAGAGUUGAGACCUUCAUUCCAAGUCAUCAUGAACUUCCAGAAGCAAAAUCACCAAACAGCCAUGUGAAUCUCUUGACCAUGCUCCCAGGUACCAAAUUCCAUGUUCACUUAUAGUGAACAAGAGCAUGUUCCCAAAUUCCUCGAACUUGGGUCGUCCACCCUUUCAUCCAAAGUAUCAGCAGCCAAAUAAUUUCUUCAAACUUCCCCUCAAUUUGUCCCCGACUCUUUCUCACCAGCAGAUCAUAGAUGCCCAGUUCAGCUGUCAAAAUGUAGAUAGUCUACCAAGAACUCUCUUAAGUGGGAACCUUUCACCUAUCCCAGCACAGUCAUUAUCUUAUGGAAAUGGAAGUCCAAUACAAACAUCAACUUCUCCAGUAUUCCGAGGAAGAAAGAGAUUAAGCAAUGAACAAAAUGUUCCCCUUGAUAUUAAACGACAGCGAUUUCAUUCACCCCACCAUGAAUCAACUGUAGCUAACCAAACAGUGCCUUUAUCAGAUGAAAGAAGAUAUUCAGCACCGGGAUCAGUUACUCUACCAUUGUUGCAUUCAUAUUAUGUACCAGAUUUAGUCAGAUCCGUUCCACCCUUUCGAGAAGCACCAUUUUCAGAACCUAGAGAAAUAACGCUUCCAGUGGCCAAAGAUGAGUUGAGUCAGCAGGUAUUGAACGUAUUUCAAGUGUGUCAGCAGCGAACAUGUGAUUUGAAGAAGAAAGAACUCUGUCGAUCACAAUUGCAGAGAGAAAUUCAACUGAUAUUUCCACAGAGCAGGCUCUUCUUGGUUGGAUCCUCAUUGAAUGGAUUUGGUACAAGAAGCAGUGAUGGUGAUUUGUGUCUGGUUGUUAAGGAGGAGCCAGUAAAUCAGAAGACUGAAGCAAGAUAUAUACUCAGCUUAGUCCAAAAACAUUUCUGUACUAGACUUUCAGGCUACAUUGAGAGACCUCAGCUGAUUCCAGCAAAAGUGCCAAUUGUGAAAUUCAGGGAUAAAGUCAGUUGUGUGGAGUUUGACUUGAAUGUAAACAAUAUUGUAGGAAUAAGAAACACAUUCCUCCUCAGAACCUAUGCAUAUCUGUUAAUUUUACUUACAGUUGAGAGUCGAGUUCGUCCUUUAGUACUGGUGGUUAAGAAGUGGGCAAGUCACCAUGAAAUAAAUGAUGCUAGUCGUGGCACAUUAAACAGCUAUAGUCUUGUAUUGAUGGUUUUGCACUAUUUACAAACCCUACCUGAACCCAUCCUUCCAUCCCUCCAAAAAAAUUACCCAGAAUCCUUUAGUUCUUCUAUGCAGCUGCACCUUGUACAUCAAGCUCCAUUUACCAUUCCUCCUUACCUCUCAAAGAAUAGGUCAGCUCUUGGGGACCUGUUAUUGGGCUUCCUUAAAUAUUAUGCCACAGAAUUUGACUGGAGCAGCCAAAUGAUUUCAGUCCGUGAAGCCAAAGCUCUUCCAAGACCUGAUGGUGUUGAGUGGAGAAAUAAAUUUAUCUGUGUAGAAGAACCAUUUGAUGGAACAAAUACAGCCAGAGCUGUGCAUGAAAAGCAGAAGUUUGACAUGAUCAAGGAUGAAUUUCUAAAGUCAUGGCACAGAUUGAAAAGCAAGAGAGACUUGAACAGUAUACUACCUUUUAAGAGCUACUAUGCAGAAUAGAUAACUGGCUUCUAAUUAAUUCCUAAUUCUAAGAAAUAAAGGACAUUAUUAACACCUCAAUGUAUUUUGUUCCCUCCAUCAUGGUUUCUUUCUAAUUAAAUAUUUUCUUUUUUCAGAUUUUGUUAAAAAUAUUUGUAUAAAAGAUUGCAUAUUUUAUUAUGGCAUUUGCUACUAUAAAUUUAGUUUAAAAAUGCAUUUCUAAAAAAUGUAUAUAUUGUUGACUUAGAAUACAGGCUGUUGUGCCAUAAGUUUCAAAACACAAAAUUACCUAUAUUUAUGAAGAUGAUCAGAGCAAUUAAAAGGAUUUGAAAAGGAUCAAAAUGUAAUUAUACCAUAUUAAUAUAGAAGACAUUUGUUGAAUUUAUGGGAAAGGUAAUCAGUAUGCUCAAGGUUUAACAACAUUCAAUUACAGUUUCAUUGCCUAGACCUACAAGAGCAAAAUGAAAGUUGAAGCAAAAAAAAUUACCAUAACCUUUUUGUUUAAAUUUCAAUGGUAGGGUGGGGCCUUAGGAUUUGACCAUAUUACUAUAAGACAGGAGACUAUGUUUGGAGUACAUUGGAAUUAAUUUUUCACUUUGAAACAAUAAUACCUUUUGCAUCAUAGACCUAUGAACAUUAAAUCUAUGUUGUACCCAGGUUGGUGGAUUUUUCUGAAGAAUCUACUCAACUGUUGACAUACUGGGAUGUCUCUGGGUGUUUAUAAUAGCUCAGAAUAAUGAGCUCUUUUUUUCUACUCAGCAUUUUUAAAUUUUUAUUUUCCGUGACAGGAAACAACAGAGACACUUAUCAGAGUUAAGAUUAUAUCCUAGUUCUAGUAUCAGGAUUUUUCUGAAUAUUAAAUUACAUGAAUAUAAUCUAAGCUGGAAUUUUCAAGCAGCAAACUACUAUAAAAUGUUUUAAAUGAUCCAUCACAAAAUGAAUAUAUGUAAAUGGUUAAUAUUUGUAAAGAAUAGAUCAGAUCCUUUUUUAAAGUAUUUCCUUUCCACAGAAAGUUGUGGUGACUGCUAAAAUAGCUGCUAAAAUAAAGCCAAGGUGGUUUGCGCGUACACACGUGUGUGCGUGUGUGUUUGUAUGUGUGUGUAUAAAUAUUUGUAAAUUGGUCAGCUGUUGUAAAUUGAAAUAUUAAAAAAGUAAUUAAAAUUUUUUAUCUUUUUAAAAAAGACUGUAUGAAACUUCUUUUAGACUUGCUGUAGCGCAGUUUGUGCCUGUAAUGUGUUUGUUCUUGCAAUCCAAUUUAUAUGUCUAAAUUAAUUGCUUUUCAUUGAUUUCAGGAAGGUGUACAUUUUCAGUUUUCUCUUAAGUUUAAUAUUUUGCAUGGUGUCAAGUGGAAUAAAGUUUAUGUAUGGAAAGUGUUAGUUAUUAUCUAUGAAUUUAUGUUAAUUUCGUAAAUUCUAGAAUAGUUCGUUUCAUUUGACUAGUACAGGAAUGGGGAAAACCAGAAAAUUUCACAUAUAUAUUUUCUCCCAAAAAUAUUUAUAACUUAUUCAAGAAAACUAAAUGAUACCAAAGACCUACAAGUAAUGCUAUAAAGUUAUUCUUUACGACAUAUGUCAACAAAUAUUUCUUAAGCACUUAUUACUAUGUACAGAGAGCUAAUUUAAAAUCUUUUGACACAUAAUUGUAACCUUCUGGUUUGCUUUUUGGAAGUCUUUGGACCAGCCUUCGUUUCAGCCGAGUAAUUACCAUGAGAAUAGCCAGAGAUAAAAUCCAAAAAUCUCCUUUACAGUCUGUCUCCUUGUCUGGGGCUUGGUUAGCUUUCUGGAGGCCCUUCAGACCAGCCACCAUGAGGCUGAUGAAGAUGGAAUGUCUCUCUGAGUCCCAGAGGUUGAGCUCUAGUCUCCAG